ACAGCAUUAACAACCCCAGCGGUGCUCCUGGUGCCCUACGACCGUCGCCACGUCCCGCGUUACCACGAGUGGAUGAGUGACCCAGACAUUCAAGAAGCCACCGCCUCCGAGCCGCUGACUCUCGAGGAGGAGUAUGAGAACCAAGAGUCAUGGCGCGCCUCGCAUGACAAGCUCACCUUCAUCCUCUGCCAGCCCCUCGUUGCUGACGGGCCUGAGCCUCUUGCGUCUGUCAAUACUGGUGAUUUCGAUAGCUCGGACAAGAUGCUAGGUGAUAUCAACUUCUUUCUGUACCCAGACGACGAGGAGGACGAAGGAGAAGCAGCAAUAGCAAGCCAGGCCGCUGGGACCACCUCCUGCAUCGGUGAGGUGGAUAUCAUGAUCGCUGGCCAAGGCGACAGAGGCAAAGGCCUGGGAAAGGCGGCCGUAUCUGCGUUGCUUCACUACAUCUGGACGAACCUGGAUGAGAUUCUGGGAGAGUAUAGGGAAGCCAUGGGAGAGGGCGAGUCGAGGCCGAUGAGGCUCAAAUUGCUCAUGGCAAAAAUCAAGGCAACAAAUGAGGGGAGCAUCGCGCUCUUUAGGCGUCUGGGAUUUGAGCAGGAGGGCGAGGUUAAUUAUUUCGGGGAAGUCAAGAUGGUGCUGAAGAAUUUUGACGGCAUCGCGAGGGCGAUUGAGGGAUACAAGGUGCUGGCGUAUAGCAGACCGGUGGAUUGA